UCUCAGUACUGAUCAUUCAUUCCUUUUGAGAAACUACUGACUGGAUAAAUUCCUGAAAAGGAUACAAUAUUAAUUGUUCAUCAGAAGUAUCAUUUUCCGUUUUGAAACGAAAAUAAUUGUUCAUUGUUCGGAAUCUUAAAUAUGAAGUUUUAUAUGGAUCGGAUCGGGGCUGUAUUGCUCCUGUUGUGUUUAACAAACGCCAUAGAAAUUUGGAAUCCAGCACCGCCAUAUCCUACCGGUCAGGUGGCCUACGUUCCUGUCAGGUUACCAUCCCAAGGUCAAUAUGGGGGUCAAGCCUCCACCGGCUGCUACGAGACAAGUUGUACAAGUUAUCCCCAGUGCAGCUCGGGUUAUGAGACCUUGGACACUUCGGGGGACGGUUGCAGUAAAAAUCAGGAAAAGAGUUUCUGUUGUCGGCCUAAAAUGACUCCGGCCUGCUACACGACGGGGUGUCAGUCAUAUCCAAACUGUGGGACGGGUUACGUUACCAUGACAACGCUACGUGAAGGAUGUAGCGGAUCGAAGGAGAAAAAUUUUUGCUGCAUGAAGAACCGGGGUCCGCAAUGUUACACGACGGGAUGCUCGAGUUAUCCAGAUUGUGGGCAAGGGUACAGAAGCCUGGACACGGGUGGAAGUCAAUGUGGGGGAAGCAAAGAAAAGAAAAUGUGCUGUAAAUCAUAGUUGACGAAAUGAGGUCAAUGAAAUGCGAUAUAAUUACAAAAGAAUUUUGGCGUGCAUUUUUAUAUAUAAAUCAUUUUUCAUAAAGACUAAUUUUAUUGGGAGUAGUGAAAUUAAUGUGAAUUAUAAAUAUGUAUUAAAGCUGAAACUGAAUUUAA